AGAAGCUGUGAGCAAGCUCAGAGGGACGGGUAUAAAUGGUUGUGGAUCGACACUUGCUGUAUCAACAAGCCAGACAUCUCCGAGCUCUCCAGGUCGAUCAAAUCCAUGUACCGGUGGUAUGAAAACUCAAGCGUAUGCUACGCUGUACCUCCAUGACAUUACCGACCUGUCCUUUCCCACUGCAAGUAGCGAGAGGAGGUACCCCGAUUCCAAGGGCUGGCCAGUGUGGUUCUCCCGUGGCUGGACCCUACAGGAGAUGAUAGCCCCAGCGGAUGUCCGGUUCUUUAACAAGGACUGGAAGGCCUUAGGUGACAAGAGGACGCUUGCACCUACCUUGUCUCGCAUCACUCGAGUCCCACAACAUAUAUUGGCGGAUAGGUUCUCCUCCAAUAAUCGUCCCUGCGCUGCCCAGAUCAUGUCAUGGGCCGCCGAUCGGACGACGAGUGAAGUCGAAGACAAAGUGUAUUCCCUGUUCGGUCUGCUGGGUGUUAAUAUCCCAGUAAUGUAUGGAGAGGGGAAGGAAGCGUUCCGACGUCUUCAGCUGGAGUUCGUCAGCAAGGCGAACGACGGGAGCAUUUUUGCAUGGGGUUUCCACAGAGACAGUCAGCGGAGUGGCAGCAUCCUCGCUGAUGACCCAAGCUUCUUCCGUGGUUGUGAAAAUAUGGAGCUGAUAACUCCCGACGAAUACCUUCGACACCACAGAUUUCAGAUGCCCCAGCUCUGGUUGAUGCCCUACAUACGAAGGGACCGAUAUGAUCCAUGGGUCAUGACCAAUCGUGGCAUUCAAUGUCGCACAUUCCUCCGACCUUGUGUUCACUCCCGCUUACACUUCGAAACCCCGCUCCCGUGCCGUUUCGGCCCAUCGGGCCCACCCGUCUCCAUCAAACUGGCUUUGUGGAAAGAUGAUUUCUACAGAUAUUUUACAUCGCCGGAGGAGAAAUUUCCUACAAAACCAACUUUACUGCUCGGUGAAGUGUGUUUCGCAUAUGAAGACUCGCUAUUUCGCGAUGCCAUCCAGAAUCCCCACAGAGAAUUCGGCCCCGUGCAUGAUAUCACAGCGACUCGUAUCAUGCGGGGUUGCUUCGAUCCGCUGGGUGCGGUUUCUGAGCUGGUUUAUGAUUUUGCGACGAGUCCAUUACAUACAACAGGGCGAACUGACGCAAGGUUCGGUCUCCAGUGUGAAGACAAUAACCCACAGGUUCUUUUAAAUGAGAGUUGGCAUCCGAUCUAUACAAACCAGGUGGACCUAUGCUUCCCUUUCUUCUAUGAGCCGUUUGUCAUAUUCAAGGUAUGAAUCCAGACAUGCUUGCAGUCAUGCACUAGUUUGAGUUUCUGUUGUACUAUCACCCAUGUACCCGUAUAACCACUUUACUCUGUCCUUGUCCACGAGUUUGUAGUACCUGAGCUUCUAAGAAUGACGAACGUUGAGCGUUUGAGGUCUCAUCUAUUCAGAGCACGCGACU